AUGUCGCUCCCACAGUCCCUUCCCCGUGUUCUAACCACGGAAGAAAUUGUUCCAGCGAUGCAGCGCAUAAUCAACGAAUACGAUACCAUCCGCGCCCUUAUCCUUGAAGCCAUUACUCCUACCACUGCAACGUUCAGGAAUGUCAUGCUUCCCUUGGUGCAAGUCGAAAAUUCCGUCCAAGGCGAGCUAGGCAUGAUUUACAUGCUCCAAUAUGGGUCUCCGUCCCUCGCAACCCAAAGCGCGUUCGACGAGGCCCGGACGCUGUACCUCAGAGCUUCGGCACUCUGGACAGCGGAUGAAAAAUUCUUCAAACUUCUCCAAGCGGCAAAAGAGAAGCCGGAUUUUCAGACGCUGGACGGAGAAUCGAAGCACUUACUGGAGAAGGAGCUAUUGGAGUAUAAGCAUGCUGGACUCGGCAUCCUAGGACAUGCGGAGUUGGAAGAGUACCAGAAGUCGCAAAUGGAAAUUUCGGAUUUAGAGAGGAAGUUUCAGCAGAACUUGGCUAGGGAGGCCGGGGGGGUUGUGCUUUUCGCUGGAGGAGUUGAAUGGGGAGAAGAGGAACUGAUCAGUGAAAACCACCAACAAAUCAAGAAGUUCGUGCCUUUCGCAAAUGGAGGAACGCUGGCUGUCUUAACGCAUGCCCAUUCUCCAGAAACUCGCAAGAAGAUGUUCCUGGCGGAUAAUUCAAAGCUGAAAGAGAACAAGCCGCUCUUUGAAGAAAUUAUCAAGCGCCGUGCUCGGCAGGCACAAUUCCUGAAAUAUACGACUCACGCAGAAUUUAGGAUAGAGAGGCGUAUGGCGAAGGCCACAUCAUGGGUGAAGGGGUUCCUAAGCCAACUGCAGACAACACUUUGCCUCUAUGGCCGAUUGAUCACCGAGGGAAGAUGGGGUUCCCCCGUGUGGGAAAAGCGAUACUAUGAGCAACUGGUGCAACGAGAGUUUCAAAUUGACCAGCUAAAGAUCUCGGAGUUCUUUCCCUUGGAGAGAACAGCAACCAAUAUGCUAGCCAUCUUUGCCUCUUUGCUUGGUCUUCGAUUUGAUUCCAUCCCAGCAGAAAGGCUGACUGAGGAUUUCAUCUGGCAUGAUACUGUGCGAGGGUUCUCUGUAUGGGAUACGAAAGACGAUUGUUUCGUUGGAUACCUCUAUUUUGACUUAUUGUGGAGGGAGAAUAAGUAUCGCGGCAACCAAAGCGUGAAUAUUCAAUGGCUAUCUACGGCCGGAUGGAAGCAGGCAAUACCCUUCAACAAUCCUGAUGUGUUCCUUCCCGACUCCAACUCCAACAAGUUGUGCCUUACUCAAACAUCACCAAGUAAGAUGGGUCAUGGUAUCCAUGACCUACUAGCCAGGACUAAGUACAUCCGCUUCCAUGGCUAUAGACUGCCCCCUGACUUUGGUGAGAUGCCCAGCAUCAUGCUUGAGAAUUGGUGCUGGAUGAAAGAUGUCCUAGAGGAACUAAGCUGCCAUUACACCACACUCGAUGAGAACUAUUUAGCAGAUUGGCAGAAACAACACCCCAGCGAGCCAAAUCCGCCGACGAAAAUCCCAGAGGGCUUGGUAGAGAACCUUAUCAAACAUCGGUAUUUUAAUAGGGGACUCUAUCAUUUGUAUCAGCUGUCAAUAUCGAUCUUCGAUCUACAGAUACACUCAUUGAGUACGGAUAAGGAGAUUGCGGACCUCGAUGUCCAGAAUAUGUGGUAUGAUCUCCGCGAGGAGAUAGAAGGAAUGGAUUUUUCGGAAUGCAGAGAUGGAUUUGCGUUUGGAACGUUCACUCAUCUAACAGCCGGUUAUGACGUUUGCUACUAUGCUUACUUAUGUUGCACGGCUAUGGCCCAGGAUUUGUUCCUCUCUGUCUUUGCCCAUGACCCACACAACAGAGAGACUUGGGAUAAGUACCGUCGAGGAAUUCUGGAGUAUGGUGGAAGGGAGCAGAACCUAUUGGGGAUGCUGGAAGGCUUCCUGGAACGACCUCCGAACAUGAAUUCCCUUGUGGAAGUCACCUGGGCAACCACAAGGGGAGCGUAUUAUAUCUUAAACGGCCAACCAAAGACAUUCUACAAGCAAGAUGCUUCCAGCACCGAGAAGGGGAUCGUCGCCUAUCGCAAGGGCAGGAUGGACUCCUGA